ACUGACAGUUGCUGUCUUUAGAUUCGCAGACAGGCCAUAAAGGAGCUGCCAAAUCUGUGCAGAAACAACAGCGAUCACCUGAUACGGAUUUCAGAUGUUCUGACUCAACUGCUUCAGACAGAGGAUCCUAGUGAGCUGAGUGUAGUUACCACCGCACUGAUUGCAUUAUUCAAAGUUAAUGCAAUGGGCACCUUGAAUGGACUUUUCUCUCAGAUUCUCCAAGGAGAGGAGGCAGUCAGGGAAUGUGCCAUCAAAUUUCUCAGCAGUAAACUUCCACUUGAGUUGCUAACCAAGGAUGCCGAGGAGUUCUUGCUCUCAGAAACAAGAAAGGUCCUUGCUGAUGUGACCCGUGAUGAGUUUGUCACCUUUAUGCACAUCCUGGCUGGCCUGCAGUCCCUGCAGACAGUCAGUGGGCGGCAGCAGCUGGUGGACUUAGUGGUGGAGCAGGCAGAGCUGUCCAAACCAUUCCAGGCAGAUGACAGUAACUGUGUAGACAGGCUGAUGGAUUGUGUAAGGCAGGCAAUGCCCCUGUUUUCUAGAAAUGUCCAGUCGACCAAGUUUGUUACAUAUGUGUGCGCAGCAGUUCUUCCCUGUUUGAAUGCAGUGACGUCAUCUGUAGAAGAACGAGACGUUCAGCUGGAAAUUUUGAAGUUACUGGCGGAGAUGUCUCCCUACUGUGGCGAUGUGGACAUCUCCUGUCUUACCAACCUGUACACCUGUCUGCUCGAAUAUAUGCCAGUCCCCCCAGCAGAAGUUGAAAAUGAAGAGAAUGGUGGUGUGCAGACUGGUGAACCCCAGCUACAGUUCAGCUAUGUGGAGUGUCUGAUGUUUGCAUUUCACCAGAUUGCUCGCAAAAGAACAGACUUCCUGACAGCUGAGGAGAAUGCUGAUAGGUUGAAGGACUUUCGUACUAGGCUGCAGUUCUUUGCCAGAGGCCUUCAGGUGUACAUCAAACAGCUGCGCCUUGCUCUACAGGGAAAGACGGGUGAACAGCUGAAAACUGCAGAGCUACACAGAGGUCCAUCUCAAGCAAAUGGAUGCUUCACUUUCAACACAGAACCACACCAAGAAAACAAAAUCAAAGUGGUAGCACUGAGAACAACCUCCAACAUCAAUGUCCUUAUCAAGGAUCUGUUUCACAACCCACCAUCAUACAAAAGUGCUGUAGGCUUGUCCUGGAAACCAACCACAAAACCUUCAGGUGACACAGAGGGGACAAAGAGAGCAGGCAGUGCUACUUUGGUGCAAGAAACUGUCCCUGCCAAAAGAAUGGCUUCCCGCCCCAAACAUCAUGAGCGCUCCAUAUACCACCCCCCUGGAGGCAAGUACAGUGAGAGGGUUGGCAGGGCUCCUACUGGGGGGGAGUUCAAUGCCAACCAGUGGGGCUUUGGACAGAGAAGAGGUGGGUGGAGAGGGCGGGGCCAGGGUCUGGGGAGGGGCCAGUACUGAGAACCAUGCUGUAGAUACAGGCUACAGUGUACCUGAUACAGUAGCAAGGGGGACCAAUGUUAGAGUAAGACUGUACGUGUAGAUGCAGAUGAAACAUUAUUCUUGGAGCGCGUUUUAGAUGUUUUUAUCACAUGUAGUUCUUCAAUUACUUAUCAUAUUCAUUUCGGCUCUUUGCCCAAAAACAAUUGAGAUUUGUGGUGAUUUGGUUGUUCACUGUUUAGGAGGAACUCCCCAGUUUAUUUGGGUUUCCAUCAAGGCUGCACACCUCAAGUCUAGUGACCACCUCUUUCAGGGAAUAAUUCGGAAACAAAAUAGCUGUAUAUGGGACAGAAGGAUAUCCCUUUAGCUACAAGAUCAGCUGUUUGUUUCUUCAAACUCUCUAAUUUUGCUAAAAUUUGUAGAAAAAGUAUUAUUUUCAUGUAAAAAAUAAUGCAUGAAAUUGGUAAUUUCACAUAUGAUGAAACCCAUAGAAAAACUUUGACUGGUUUUAGCAGAGACAAACCUUGUGUAUACUCAAGUCAGUCGUAAAGGAACUCCUAGACUGUAAUGCAUGGCAGGAGGUGUUACAAAUCUGGUUACACAACGGUACAAGGUCAAGCAGAUGCAUCACUUUCCAUCCAGAGGCACACCCAGCAGUAAGGGUUGAGUCAAAAGUCAAUUUUCACCAAAAAAACACCAUUUGUGUUACACUUUUCAGUUAUGUUAGUAUCCUAUGUGGCAGUAAAUUGCGUGAUUUUAAAAUUGGCCACUUUAAUCCCUUUUCGUACUGCCCACUACCGACAUCUCUGGUUGCAGAAGAAAUGGGGUGUGCACCCUUUAGAACAGUUUGGGAGAUGAACUGAGUCAAUAGCAGUUAUGAUUGUACAUGAAUUACAAGGACAAGAUGUGGAGAUGAAUAUGCAGAAAGAGAAACAAAGGUCCACAGUUCUAUAUUAUCAGUCAUCAGGUUGUUUAGUCUUCAUCGUAUUAUUCCUCCUGACCACCUCAUGUGUUGUCAAAAGGUGAUGAUGCACAACUUGAUCCAUUCUUACCCUGAGCAGUAAAGAGAGACUGUUACAUUACAUGUAUGUAAGUUGUAGUGUUGAGCGACGUACAGUGUGUAUGGUCCAGGAGCAGGAAUGCCUGAAGUGUAGAAUAUGAUCUAGUAAGUUGUGUGUGACCUAAGUGUGAUCAGAUGAAGUUUUCUUGUCAUUAUUAGUAGAGACUUGGUAGUGGAUAUAGGUGCACAGUGUCUGUCAGGAAUAGCAGUACAUAAAAUGUAGAAAAGUGUCACAUUAACAUUCUGUAGGCUGGUAGUCUGUUUUUUGUUAAGUGUUGGUCUGUACCAGUAGUUUCUAAUUAUUCAUGUCUUUUCAUCACUUCAAGAAAUAUAAUAUUAUACCCAGUAUCAUCAUGCUUCCAGACUAGUACUGUAAUAUUACAUGUAGAUCAUCAGGCUGUUUGGAGGAUAACAUCACUUGGAAGAAAUGGACAAAUAAUAGGAUGGUCUCUCACAUAACUACAUCUGUCCUUCUACAACUCUCACCAUUGUAAUAAUGGCACUCUCUCACCGAUCAACAGUUGGCUUCUAGGGUUAGUCAGAUGGGAUUAGUGUUCAUCAUCACUCUUUCUCCAUUUGCUCAAAAUGGAAAUGCACCUAGACUUGAUAAAUAGUACAUUUGGAUUUUGGUGAGAUGUCAUCAACACGCUCAUUCAAGGAAUAAUUGGUGCAAUGAUUUGUCCUUGUAAAUGUGUAAGUUUAGAAGCAAAGGUCACAGGAAUCUGUCAGUCUUAGGUUUGUUCUAAGUCUGUUUGAAGCUCAACAAGUCACAUGCAUGCACACAAACACACACACAAACACACACAUACAUAACACCAGGCUCAUAACACACACUGUGACCCCCACACAUACCAUGACACAUAGGCAAUGUAUGUAACAUCAUAACACACACAUGUAACGUUACAUACACUAGUGCAUAGAUACUCCUGGCCUCACCAUGUCAAGACAGAAGGGUCGGAAGCAAUCGGUUCAGGCCGCACAAACACACACCAGCCUAAGUUUUUCUGUAGAUUGUCCCUCCAAUGGCUUCCAUGUCGUACAUUUUGUUUCAAUCCAUAUGGGUUACAUUAAUUUUGUACACCAUAAGACAUCCUGGUAACACUGGUGAAAAUUUUGUUUCAAUCCAUAUGAGUUACAUUUAUUUUGUACACCAUAAGAAGACAUCCUGGUAACAAUGGUGAAUAGUGUUUAAAACACCUGGGGCUUGUUAGGUUUGUACAAAAUCUUACUCUAUGUGGACAUGUUACAUUGUAUCUUCUGAAUGUACUGCUGUGACACAUAUUAGCAAUGAAAUAAAGUUUCCUUUGUGUGCAAAACUG